GGCUUUUAAAAUCUGAAAUAGAAGAUGAAAAUUUAGAUUCAAAUAAUAUUAAUAUAGCAACAACAGAUGAUGAUAAUGAUAAUUCAUCUAUAAUUACUAUAAAAUUAACUAAUUCGCCAAUAGGUCCUUUAGAUCAAUAUAUAGUUCGAAAUUUAGAU